AUGUUACCUAUGCCCAAACAGAUGAGUCGAAGCGAGGAGGUUGGCGUCGACUGUAGCUGCUGGCCAGAGGUGAUCGGCUGUCGCGAAACCGAUACCGCGAAUAACAACUAUGAGCACUUGUCAGACGUUUGCGAGACAAACAGCUUGAUCGUGGGUAAGACCCAAUUCUCUAAUAAGCACAUCCACCAAACCGCAUCGACUUUCUCCACUGGACCACGUCCUAAACAGUCGCAAAUAUUACACCUCGUCACUCGAGACUCGCGUCUGACGUGGAACCCGCAUUUUGUCCACGCAACACCAUACCGCCAUUUAAAAUUAAACAAUGUUUCACACAGACGUUACCUGGCUGAAACACACCAGCUACUGUAUGAGAAGUGGCGCGAUCGGCCAACUAAAAGUUGGUAGGG